AUGGGCGUGUCCUUUCCGCUCCUCUGCAGCUGCAUUAUAAGAGUGGACUUCACCCAUAUUUCCUCCUCCCGUCCAGUUAACAGUCUCUGCAGGACCCACUGCCUCAUAACGGACCAGGAACUAAACAUGGCUGACCUCAAGGUUAGUCCGAAGUUUAUUAAAAACAAAAUUAAUGUUUUCAGGAGUUAGUUUUUAUCCCGUUUGGUCCCGUUAAACCAGUUAAAGAGACGGAGGAUGAACCGUUAGCUUGUGUGAGUUAGCCGCCCUGCAGUGACAGUUAGCCUCAGGUGCUGUUUCUUUGAGCACGUGCAGCCUGAAGAAAGGAGGGUUAUUUAUUAUAGAUAUUCUAGUUUAUGCAAAAGGUCGGUUUGUACUAUUACAAUAAUUGUUUAUAUUUAUUACAGGCUGUGUUUUCUGCAGGUGUAAAUGGUGUUAGCUCUCUGACAGACCCCUCCUGACCUUUGACCUACUGCCUGCAUCAUGUGACACAGCUGGAGGGGGGGUUCACUCAUAUCAGGAUCACGCAUUUUGGACCCCAAUCAGGCCAUUUACUCGGACUGAGCCGGCCCAGUUAGCGCCCAGUGGUACCAUCAGAGAGGGGAGGAGGGGGGAGGUUUCUGCAUGGGGGAGAGGGUCAUGUUAGUGCAGGGGGGUGAGAGUGAAUCAAAGAGUGUGUUGUAAUCGGCCUCUUUGUAAUAAAAAGCCUCCAGCUCCACAGACAUUUCAACAAGCUUUUAGAGAAAUCAGCUGAUGUUUUAGUGUUACAGCAGGGCUGUACCUAGGCUGUUUGGAGACAGGGGUGAACAUAGUAAAAAGGGGCUCCUCCUGCAUGACAGGGGGCACCAACACACAGAAAGAUGUGACUGAUAAAGACCUGUCUCUGCAGCAUUUUAAAAAUAGUUUGUAGCUCCGCGGACCAAAAGUCAUAUCCCAAUAUAUUUAGGCUAGGGAUGCACGAUUACGGGUAAAAUGAUAAACCGCUGUAAACUGUCUGAUGGUUAGUACUACCGUUUCAUAUUUUAGUUACCGUUAAAACUGUGUUUGUUUGUUUGAAAAGCUCACAGUGAUACUGCUCAAUGCUGAGAAGAGCAGCUGCAAACAGCACUCUUCCAGACACAGGCUUGCAUGCGCAUUGUGCAGUAUACAACUUCUAUACAUGGCAGAGGGCAGUUCUGCUGACCGUGUUGCAGAGAUUUUUCCCCCAAAGAAAACGAAGUCCGAAGUCUGGGCUUAUUUCGGCCUCUACAAAGGGUUGUGAUGGUUGCCAAAAAGCUUUUGUGCAUCCAAGCAACCAGCGUGUCAUCUGAGAAGCUAUUCAGUGCCAGCAGGCACAUUAUUUCACCUCGCAGAUCACAAACCAGACCAAGUAAAUAUGAAGCAGCAGCACCUUAUGGUGGAGAAAACAGACAAUCGGUGUGGUUUAUUUGAUUUGUUUACAUAUUCUAUGUUAUUUUAAAGAACUGCACUACACAUUUGUUUACAUGUGGUUGUGAUUUGUGUGAGAAACACCAGCUUGUCAACAACAGCAUUUGAUAUCUGUUUAUAUAUAUAUGUUUAUUUAUAUAUUACAUAUCUCAUUUAUAAAUAUAUAGAUAUAUUUCUAAUAUCGAUAUAUCGCCCAGUCCUAAUAACAAGCAUCCAAAAUGCUUGGCUGUGGCGUAUUGUGAAACAUGAGGACACCAAAUGGGGCAACCACUGAGAACAGCUCUGUGUUAAAGUGUGUGAGCGGCUGUGAAGGAUCAUAAAUGAACUCUGAACCUUUUGAUAAAUAGAUUUUUUUGGUUAUCUGCAGCUGAACUGAGGCUCUGCUUUAAGUCAGUGAGUGUCUGCAGUCCGGUGUAAAGUUCAUCCCAGUCAUGAUAGCUCACCGUGAUGGUGUUAGAGGAGAGAGACUGAGAGGAGAAAAACAAGGACGGCUGUCAUUCACAGCUGCAGUGUAAAGGUUCACCACCUGUGAUAGACAGGACUACAAGUAGAGUGACUACAGUGACUUAAUUUUCAUUUGGAUAAGAUACCAGCAGAAAUAAUAAAUAUUUGAUACCCUUUUAAAUACCAUGGCAACAAAAAAUAAGCUUUUUAGCACCCAAAAUGGUUAAUUUUCUUAUUUUGUGCUCACAGUGCUGUUUGAAAGCCACCGAACACAGACCUCCAUGUGACAGGCUGUUAGCAACCUGUUUUUCAGGCCUCUGCAUCCAUCACUGACAAAUUUCUGCAGACUUUUCUUUCUCUGACCUCUGCUGUAGCUGUAGCUGUAAUCAAAUGAUAGUCUCAUCAGAUCCAACCCUAACCUGCAGUGUUUCCUCUGGUCUUCAGGCAGACUUUGACAAAGCAGCAGAGGAGGUGAAGAACCUGGCGACGAAGCCCGCUGAUGAAGAGAUGCUGCAGGUGUACUCUCUGUUCAAACAGGCCACCGUAGGAGACGUCAACACAGGUAAGACGAUCACUAUUUUAUCUUCUAAGAAAUCCCAAUUGUUGGAAUUACAAUUGGAGAACUGGGUGGAUAACCUGUGAGGUAAGAGUAAUUGUAGUAGCAGUAAUACAUGUUAACCAGUAGAGGGCAGCAAAAUUGUGCUCUCACACCAAAGUAAACAGAUCUUUGAAUUCUGAUGCUGGAGGUAUACUUGCAGUACUAUGACUUUUUUAUCAUACUAUACUAUGACAUUUUAUAUAAUACUACUAUGACAAAUUUUAACAUACUAUACUAUGACAUUAUUAUCAUACUAUACAUUCUUUAUACCAUCAAUGACAUUUUUUUAACAUACUAUACUAUGACUUAUUUUAACAUGCUAUCCUUUGACUUUUUAUCAUACUAUACUAUGACUUUAACCUCUGAUCCUGGAGGUAUACUUGCUGUUUGAGCCUCAAAUUCACAAAAGUGUGUCCCUGCAUCAUGCUUACUUGACCAUAUACUACACGUCUUACUGGAGGGUGCCUCUAGAGGGCAACACAGAGCUCGGGUUAUAUACCCUUACCAGAUUAAGGGGAUGUAAACAAAAGAGAAGGUCGAAAAAGAUGAUUUUAUUGAGUUCAAAUAAAGAAGGACUCUGCUCACUUUUAAUUCACUUUGAGCUCCUGACUGACCUCUGACUCUGUCUGUCUCUGCAGCUCGUCCAGGGAUGUUUGACUUCACAGGGAAGGCAAAAUGGGACGCCUGGGAGAAGCAGAAAGGUACGUGUCCAGCUCUUUUAUCCAUAUCACAGCUCAGGUCUUUUGAAGCAGUCAGUUUUUAAUGAGUCAGCCUCUCCUCAUCAGGGACUUAACACUCACCUUCACUUUCACCACAUCUGUCAGGGUUAUCUGGGGCUGUUUAAAGCUCCAGACCAUCAAAGUGAGUGUUAACAUAUGAGAUCAAAGUUAAACUCAGUAAAUAGUGUAUCUGUCUAAUCAGAGGGGGACCUGAGUGCAAGGCAGCAAGGUGCCGAUACAGAACAACGUAUUCCUGAUUUUGUGUUUGUCCUCUUUCAGUAACAGCUGUUGUUUUUGAUGUAAUUUCCAGGUAAGAGUCAGGAAGACGCCAUGAAAGAGUACAUCGCACUGGUGGGUGAGCUGAAGGGGAAGUACGGGAUGAACUAGGAACCUGAGGAUCCACCUGCUGGAUGGACUGGGAGCCCCUGAUCCUCCAUCCUGACACUGUGAAGCCUUAAAACACCAGCAGAGUGUCCUUAAACACAGGAAACACAUGGACUGAAUGCUGGACAGUGAUUGGUCCCUGUGAGAUGAAGAGAAGAAGAGCCUCUGACGAGAGAUUAAGUUUGAUAUCAUGUUUGUGUUUCUGCAGAUUCUUGGCAUUUCAACAUUAAAUCAUUCCUCUGUAACAGCCGAGUCUGAUCCUCUCUGAGUCUGUGUCUGAGCUCACGUUUGUCUUUUUAAAAACCUUCUUGAAUUCAAGAGCUGUUUCAAUUUUUUAUUAAACCUCUAAAAAACACUUCAUUAAUAAAAUGAACUGAUUUCACACUGA